AUGGAAAACGGACGUAAUACAAAUCUUCGUAGUCUUGUCAGACCUGUCUCCCCAUUAUCUAGAUGGCAGAAAGCACCAUUACCACUUGUCGAUGACAAUGAUGAUGUUGACAGUGAUUCCGAGAGGGAUGGUCGUCGUAAACUGUUGUCGUCAUCCACUGGUAAACAUGGUAAUCGUAUCAUAACACGAAGUAGAAGUCGAUCACCAGCUAUAUUCUCCUCAGUACAUCUUGCUUCAACUGGUACAACAACAACAACAGUCGACAGACCUCCAAGUGAAGAGACUAGACGUAUUAUUGUACGUCGUCCACCACACGAUCCUGAACCAGACGAUGAUUAUGCUGGAAAACAACCAAGUUCAAAGCAUCAAAGCUUGAAGUCUACAGAUGACUAUUCACGAUCACUUGUCACUGGUCAUAAUAGUAAUAAAAGACGUACAAAAGAUGAACGAUCAAGAAAGGCAAUCCGACGUUCAAUGUUGCACAAAAAUCAUCGUUCUAUCCCGCAGCCAAUAAUACCAAGUGGUAUUGAUCGAGAGAAUACAUGUCCUAUCCUGUUGCGUAUUUUUUAUUCAACAAAUUCACGGCAUUAUUCGCUAUCAGAUUAUAAUAAGGGGAAAAUGCCGGAGAAUGAAAUACAGUUGAAUACUUGGAUUGAUGCAAGUCUCGCAGAAUUGGCUGAAGAAGUUCGUAGUGUUGUGCGUGUUGCUAGACGUCGGGGGACACGUAUGCAUUUUGCCGUGGUUUAUCCUGACAGUCGUGGUACAUAUGGACGUCGUCAACUUGGUGUUGUGAUUACCGGCUAUGGAGUAAAUUCUGGGGAUAAUUUUGAUGAAGAGCCGAAUAAUGAUGGGAUGAACAACAAUAGUAAUAAUAAUACAAAUUCACAGAAACCUUUCAACUUGGUUGAUGAUUCAGCAGUGACGCUUGUAUCGAAAAAAUUCCAAAUUGGAGAUUAUGUGGAUUGUGCUAUUGUUGAAUAUACUCCAGGUUCUUUAGGCGGUUGGUCUUCAGGACGUCGUCCAUUAGGCCCUCCACCACCAUCACAGCUUACUGCAUCUGAUUCACGUAAUUCUGCACUAGAAGAAGCACGAAUGAUAUAA